AUGGCUGCUUCAGUCCCUCACAAUUACCACUGCUUCGAUUACCCCAGUCUUCUCCCUAACAACGGAGAAACCUCCUCAAACAUGUUCAACUCCAACAUGCAGCUGCUGCAGCUUCCGUUGCUGAGCUACGACGUCAAUUCCCCGGUUUCAGUCGCGUCUUUUCCCGACGUCCAAUUUGGCCUUGCUUCCGAUUAUAUGGUCGUUCCUCAGAUGGACACCGGCUUUCGUGAUUUCUCCGUCUCUGAUUACAAUCAGAGCCAAGUUUUUGAUUCCGGAUCGGAAGAGUGUAGUGGAUCAGUCUGGCCACCUUACAAUCCCUUGCUUGCUGAAAAUUGGGGGAUACAAGGGAAAGAUGCGACAAUGGCGGAGGAGAGCGAUCAGGUGAAGGUGGGGAGAUAUUCAGCUGAAGAAAGGAAGGACAGAAUUGUUAGAUACUUGAAGAAGAGAAACCAGAGAAAUUUUAACAAGACCAUCAAGUAUGCGUGUCGUAAAACCCUAGCAGACAAGCGUGUUCGAGUUCGUGGGAGAUUUGCCAAGAACAAUGAAGCUGAAAUAUUGAUGGACUCACAACAAAACAAUUCAUUUCACCAAGAUGAUGAGGACUAUUGGUUGCAAGCAGCCAUGGACAAUCUUGCCCACUUUCCUUAUUUAGCCACCUAGAACCUUGGAAUUUUAUCCAUAUUGGUGCUGUCACAAUUAAUAACUCUUUGCUGUUUAUUGUAUAAAUUGAAUUGCAUGUCUCGUAUUAAUCGAAAAUGAUUAACGAGGAGUACUAUAUUAGCAGUCAGUUUUAUUCCAAUAUAAUUCUACGUACUUAUGCAA